AUAUCAAGCUUCGCUAUGGCACUUGCUGUACCUGUGACACUAAAGACUACUGAGGAGGGUGGGAAUGAAAGAUUUGAUUACGCGGUGUCAGCUAUGCAAGGAUACCGUCAAAAUAUGGAGGAUGCUCAUGCAAUUGUCUUAAAUCUUGAUGCUGCAACUGGCACAUCAUUCUUUGGUGUUUAUGAUGGCCAUGGAGGACCUGCUGUUUCAAAGUAUUGUGCGAGACACUUACACACAGAGCUUCUCAGACACGAAAGUUUCCGUGAUAAUCUCCAAACUGCAAUUGAGGGAACGUUCUUAAGGAUGGAUGAGAUGAUGAAAGACAGGAGUGCAGGGUGGGAACUAUCUGGGUAUGGUGGUAAUGACAAUUGGAAAGCAUACAAAAAGGCUCUGCGCUGGAGUCUACUUCUACCCUUCUUCUGUCAGAAACCUGACUAUCCGGGGCCAGAAAAUGAUGGAUGUACUGCGUGUGUGGUUCUCAUGAGAGGCAACCAAAUCAUUGUGGGAAAUGCUGGUGAUUCUCGCUGUGUACUCUCAAGGAAUAAUGUGGCGGUUACUCUAUCCACAGACUUUAAACCAAGCCUUGACGCCGAAAGAGCAAGAAUAGUAGCUGCAGGACAUGAGGUGACUUUUAGUGAGAGAGGAAAUAUGCAUCGUAUUGAUGAUGGAAUUGCAGUUUCAAGAUCACUUGGUGACCUGCUGUACAAGGAUAAACAUGAUUUAGAUCCCCAACAACAAGCAAUUACUGCCUUUCCUGAAGUUCGCACUGAACAGAUAACUCAAGAUGACCAGUUUCUUAUCAUAGCAUGUGAUGGAAUCUGGGAUUGCCUCUCAAGCCAGCAAGCAGUUGAUUUUAUAAGGAUAUACUUAAAUUCUGACGUAGGGCUGGCGUUCAUCUGCGAGGCCCUCCUUGGACACUGCCUGUCACACCCUAGAGGGAGGGACAACAUGACUGUCGUACUGGUUCGGUUCAAGACGCCAGGCGCUUGCCAAGUUAGGCUGCCACGGCCGAUCAACCAAGCUGCUGCCGCCCGAGCUGCUGCGGAACAGGAACGAGCUGCUGCGGAACAGGAACGAGCUGCUGCGGAACAAGAACAAGCUGCUGAGGAACAAGAACGAGCUGCUACGGAACAGGCUGCUGCCACUCGAGCUGCUAGUACUUCCGCACCAUCCAGCCCCAGCUUCCGCAGACCCAAGACCGAGGAGAGCCCCAAGAGCUCCAAGAGCUCAGAGCUUUGAGUUCGUUUUCUCAUGAUGAAAACAUGAACCUGCUUACCCUGGUUCUUUCAUGUGGUGCAUCUUAUCCCCCACAGAGUUUGGAUUCGUUUUGUCAGGACAAGAUGAACUUGAUUUUGUUUUGCGUAGUAUGAUUUCCUAUGAGAAUAGCUUGUCGGUCUAGGCACUGACGAUGGAAUUUUUGCCUGUGAGCCAUAUAUGUUUAGGUUAUCACAGCAAUAUUCUAGUUUUCUACGGCCUGGAGGAUGCUUAAUGUCCUAGUAUUGUUUUUUGAAUGGAUAUUGCGAUCAGAAUUUCUAUAUGCAUUUUGUGUGUCUUUGAUCUUU